UCACGUGAUAUUACUUUAAAGGACCGUGGCCAACAGGUGAACAAUGUCCGUGGAGUCCCUUGGGCCUGAAGUGAGAGGCGGUUAUAGUUUAUUCAUACCGUUUACGUUGACUCGAACAAAACAGUCGUUAUAGCGUGGCUCCAACACACAUUGCAAUAGGUCUCCAUACACGGUCGAUUGACGGAGUAAUUGAUCAACAGUGACGGUCGUGAUUCAGUCCAGGGACGACCUGCCGAGACAACGUCAUGGCUACACGACUGCUGCCUCUCUUGGUCACGGCGUUACACAUUUCAGGAGUGUCCAGCUUCAAUGUCGCGAACGAGACACAGCUGCGGUCAGACUUGCUAACUAACUACUCCCUCAAGAGUCGCCCGGAGCCUGUCACCUCCGUCAGCCUCGUCUUCAACCUCCUCACCAUAAACCAACUGGAAACACGCACUCAGACGUUUUCCGUGUCCGGGUACUUUACAGUGGUAUGGAACGACACCCGCCUCAAGUGGAACCCUUCAACGUACAACGGCAUUGGUUUCUUUUUUGCGGACGAGACGGAAAUAUGGCGGCCCUCACUGGUCGUGAAGAACGCGGUGGACAAUUUAGACGUCAUCGCCAACGACAAUAUCCCCAUGAGGAUCGGCCAGGGGGGCUUGGUGUACUGGAACCCUCCCGGAAUAUAUAUAACCCACUGCAACAUUGACAUCACUUACUACCCCUUCGACUCCCAGGAAUGUUCUGUAGUUGUACAAAGCUGGGGCUACAACCUCCGGGAACUCGACCUGUUCAAGUUCGGCUCCGGCGUUGAAACAGCUGAGUUUGAGAGGAAUGGCGAGUGGAACUUGAAUCAAGCUUACAGCCAGAGAACAGAGAAGGUCCACGAUGUUGACUCGGAAACGUACGCCACAGUGGCCUUCAUCUUCAAGAUGCAGCGGAAGCCAGACUACUAUGGUGUGAACAUCAUCCUGCCCGUGGUGGUUCUGUCCAUCCUGUCGGCCCUGGUGUUCGUCCUGCCCCCGGACAGCGGGGAGAAGAUGGGCUACUCCCUCACCGUGCUUCUCUCCUUUGCUGUCUUCCUGACCCUCAUCGCCGACCGCAUGCCCACCACCUCCCGUGACACAUCCUUCAUGGCUGUCUACCUGGCUGUGAUUCUAUGCCUGAGUGGACUGUCCGUCUUGCUGACCGUCAUUGUGCUUGACUUUCACUUCCGGGAAGAUGAGAUACCGUACUGGUUGGAGCAGACGACAAAGGUGGUCAUCAUGCCUCUGGUCUGUUCCCGUGGCUGCCGGAAGUCGAGGUCAGUCUCUGCCAGUAAUUCUGACAUCGCAGGGGAAGAGCCCAAGUUCAAGGACGUUCAGAGCAUCCGGGAAAGGGGGAGCCAGAAGAAGUCUCACAGCAACUUGAGUGACCGGGCGUCAUCCGCCGCCAGCAGCACUGCUGACUUGACAUGGAAGGAUAUUGCGCGGGCAUUUGAUACUCUGUUCUUUCGUUUCUACGUUAUUGUGAUUGCACUCAUUACACUCAUAUUUCUGUUUAUCCUGGGGCUUGCAAGUAGCACCAACCCCUAAGUGUAAAAUCCGAGUGUAUGCAUCUGAACAUAAUUAAAAAAUGACGUAAAUAAG